AUGGAAAGAAAGUUGGCCGCAAACCUCGACGUCGCUCUUGUUGAAGAUGGAGCUCACUCAGAAUGGUUACCGAGUAUACCCUCCCAUAGGGCGCCCACCCACGGCAGGCGCGGUCCCGGAAGACCCAAAACCAUGCUCAAGACUCUGAUUGAAGAUGCAGGAGUUAACAACAAGGAAAAGCUGAUCAGUUGUAUGCAGGAUAGUGUUGUGUGGCGAAAAAAGAAACUUCCAGAGUACUUUGAUCCAUGGUGGAACAUAGCAACUAGACUUCAAGAACUUGUUGAUGAUGGAACACUUAGAGAAAAAGUGGAUAUGAUGCCUGACCUUGACUGUCGGCGCUUGGAGAUUGAAGGAGAGUGGCGAGUUGCCCACACUGUUCUUUGUUUCAUUACACAGUGUUAUGUCUGGGGAGAAGGCGAAACACGCAUUCCACAGUACCUUCCAGAGAAUGUUGCUGUUCCUUAUUGGUCAGUCUCGGAGCAUUUGGGUAUCAACGCCUUAUUGUGUGAAGCUUGCUCUGUUCUCUAUAACUGGGAGCUUAUUGAUCCAUCAGGCCCAUUGAUUAUUGAGAAUAUGAAAGUUAUUGUUCCUUUUGUGGGUGGCCAGGACAGCGAUUGGUUCUUUUUAGUGAGCUCCUUGGUUGAGAUGGAGUUUGGUCAUGGUUUGGCGGGUUUAGUCAAAGCCCAGCAGGCAGUGAAGGACUUGAAUACUGAUGAAUACAUUGCAGCUUUGGUCGAGGUUAAAGAAUCCCUCAGGAAGAUGCGAAAAGCCUUCCUAAGAAUGCGGGAAAGAUGUCAGCCCAGGGUUUUCUAUAACAAGUUCCGACCUUUCCUUGCGGGAUGGAACAGCAAGGCCUUCAAGGAAAAAGGUUGGAAGGGUUUGAUCUAUGAGGGAGUGAGUCCGGAACCAGUUAGUUAUGGAGGAGGCAGUGCAGCUCAGAGCUCAACAUUUCCGUGUCUUGAUGCAGCCUUGGGCUUGAAACACCAAUCACAAUAUGAAGCUCAGUGUACAAAGUUUGCGGGAGACAUGCCCCCGUUACAUCGAGACUUAAUCAAGGCAUUAGCCAUGGGUCCAUCUAUUCGCCAUUUUGCUACUUUUUGCAACAAUUCCAGAGCUCUUCUCGCCUACAAGGACUGUCUGGCAGCAGUCAUUGAGUUUCGUUCUGCCCACAUUCAAAUAGUUACAGAGUACGUCAUUGUCAUGUCUCAUCGGAAAGAUAACGAUGAGAAAUACGCCAAACAGGGGGCAUAUGGCACUGGUGGAAUGGGGAUUAUGGAGUUUUUAAAAGGCCUGCGAAGCACUGUGAAGACAGCAUUCCAUUUGGUGGAUGAAGGAACUGAGAUUAACUAA